CUUGCCAAAUAGCUUCCGUGAUAAUAUUAAACAAUGAUGGAGAUGCCAAUGGAAAUCCCGGCGGAGCAAGUCCUUUCCAAGGAAAACAGCAUCCUCAACGACUUAAAGCAGGAGACGCGGGACACUCCAGGAUUUAACUCAUUGACAGAAAAUGAAUUAAUGGAAAAAGUUGAAAAUAUUUUACUUGAAAGGAUAAAAAAUGGCGACAAAAGAGCAUACUUCCAGCUGGCAUUGUUUUAUUACGAACAGGCAAUUUAUGACAAGGCGAGGGUCUACUUUGAGAGAGCAAAGGAUAUUGACUUCCAAGCUUUGUUCAUGUUGGCGGUCAUGUUGUUUGACGGGGUGGGCGGAGAAGCUGACACGAAGUUAGCUUUGGAAUACCUGCUGAAGAUUGAAUCCUCAAAAGCCAGACAUGCCAAACAUCUUGUGAGAGCUGCCCAGUUUAAUAUCGGCAGGGCUUACUUCCAAGGAUAUGGUGUCCAGAGACAAUCAGAUGAACAGGCAGAGAGGUACUGGUUGAUGGCCGCCGAUGACGGAAACCCAAGUGGUAGUGUCAAAGCCCAAACUGCUCUCGGAAUGUUUUAUUCUCGGGAUGAUACAAAAGAUCUGAAGAAAGCCUUUUUCUGGCACUCUGAGGCAUGUGGAAAUGGCAGUUUGGAAUCUCAAGGAGCUCUUGGGAUUAUGUACGAGUAUGGUAUUGGUGUUAAGCCUAACCCUGAUGCAGCCAAUGCGUGUCUGAAAGAGGCAGCAGAGCGAGGCAAUGUGUAUGCCAUGGGAAACCUUGUAGCUCAAUAUUACAGACGAAAACUGUACACGAAGGCGUCAGAUCUUGCAGCGAGGGUUUCACAAUUUUCUGACAUUGAUCAGAUUGCUAAAGAGACCGACUGUUUACCAAACUAUAUCCGGAGGGGCAUUAGCACCGGAUGUUUCUACUAUGCCCGCUGUCUGGAGGAAGGUCACGGUGUGAAGAAAGAUAAAGACGAGGCUAAAAUUUACUACUCUAAGUCAUACCAGUUUGAACCAGAUGUGUGUGCACAGCUACAGAACGUCACUCAACACGGUGUUAUAUAAAUCAUCCUUUGUGUGUAUCUGUCCAAUACAAACAUUUCAGCGAUUCGGAUGAUGGUGGACCAUCUAGCAUACCAAAGACUGUUACAUAAACCUCUAGUGCCUCUGCUACCCAUGAUGUAACAUGAGAGACAAAGCUAGGUGUUUCUGUGACAGAAACAAUUCCACAGUUUGGUUGUUUCCAUUCUUACUUCAUUCAUUCUGUGUAAAUGAAAAAUAUGAUCAAUUACAACUGAUGGUACAUAUACGUGUGUAUAAGUCUUUGUAAAAUUUACAUGCAUCAUUGAAAAACUUAAGGUGGUAUAAUGGUAUGCUAUCUUAAACUUAAGGUGGUAUGCUAUAUUACUCUUAAGGUGGUAUGCUAUAUUAAACUUAAGGUGGUAUGCUAUAUUAAACUUAAGGUGGUAGGCUGUCUUAAAACUUAAGGUGGUAUGCUAUAUUAAACUUAAGGUGGUAGGCUGUCUUAAAACUUAAGGUGUUAUGCUAUCUUAAAACUUAAGGUGGUAUGCUACCUUACACAUUCACACACUGAUAGAUUAAAAUCCUGUAGAGUAGCAUAUCACCUUAAGUUGUUUGGGUUUUCAUAAAGAUAUAGGUAUACAUGAUCUCCAUUGCAUGUGAUUGAACUCAUUCAGAUUUUUCCUUUAUUUAAGAAAAUGACAUUCAUACUUUAAAAUGAUUCCGUCCUAUGUAUGGUGUUGCCAGGGACCAGCUGAGGUCAAAUUACUUAACUUUCUUUAUAAAUGAAAGAUGAGCCAAACAUUUCAGUCUUAUAUAUAUUUUUCCCUAAAAUUAUAUACCAAUCUAGUGUCAAACACAUGUCUGUUUUGUUGUCAAAUGACCUUCGCCAAUUGUUACAAUAGCAUAUCUGUGAUUCUAAUGAGGAAAAAUUUUAUUCCUUGACAAAUUAUGGAUAAUAGAUUUGACAAAUUAUUGAUCAUAAAUAUUUUUUUUAUGAUAAGUUUCAAGUAUUUUCAAAGUUUACAAUACCCUGUGUAAAUAAUCCUUUAAAUGUUUAAUGAUGCCAAAUUAACAAAUUUAUAAUCUAUCCAUAUGAACAAUAAAGUUGGAUGUACACAGUAUAGACCAUGAUAACCAAAAUAUGUAAUUAUGAACAAUUAAAACAGACAUGUUUCCUACACCAAUCAUUAAUUAUCUAACUUCUGUGAUAUUCAAAUAAGAUUAAUCUGUGUUUUUAUAUUUAUGUUUUAUACACAUCUAGCUGCCUCAAUAUUUACACUAGAAUAUGCAUUUGCUAAAUGUCUGAUUUUGAGAAAUUUUGUACAAUUUUUAUGGUAGAACUAUAGUUAUGAUAUAUAGGGCUGUAGGUGGACCAUAUAACAAAUUUCAGUCCAGAUCAAAUUUUAAAAUCACAAGUGAGAAAAAUAAUCUUUUGUAGUAGUAAGUUCUCAAAUAUGAGGUGUCAUAUAGCACAGGUUCAUAACACUGUGUAUAAGGACAACCUGUCUAGUGUGAACUGUAAGUUAAUGCCUGGUGUCAGACAUGACAGGUUUACUACCCUGUGUAUAAGGACACCCUGUCUAGUGUGAACAGUAAGUUCGGUUAUACAGGCGUCUGUCAUGACAGGUUUACUACCCUGUGUAUAAGGACACCCUGUCUAGUGUGAACAGUAAGUUCGGUUAUACCAGGCGUCGGACAUGACAGGUUUACUACCCUGUGUAUAAGGACGCCCUGUCUAGUGUGAACAGUAAAUUUGGUUAUACAGGCGUCUGUCAUGACAGUUUUACUACCCUGUGUAUAAGGACGCCCUGUCUAGUGUGAACAGUAAGUUUGGUUAUACCAGGCGUCGGACAUGACAGGUUUACUACCCUGUGUAUAAGGACACCCUGUCUAGUGUGGACAGUAAGUUUGGUUAUACCAGGCGUCGGACAUGACAGGUUACUACCCUGUGUAUAAGGACACCCUGUCUAGUUUGAACAGUAAGUUCGGUUAUACCAGGUGUCAGACAUGACAUAUUUACUACCCUGUGUAUAAGGACACCCUGUCUAGUGUGGACAGUAUUGUCAGUUAUACCAGGCGUCGGACAUGACAGGUCCGCCAUGUUGUAUGCAAGAUGGUGAUAAAAAAGCUAGGCCUGUGAUAGAUAAUGUAUAUACUAGUCAGUAUCAUCGCCCUGGGGCACCGAAUAUUUUGCCACCAUUUUGUGUAGUUGAUUUUCUUCAUUUAUAUUAAACCUGUCAAUACUGAGAAAAUUAUAAAUUGUUACUAAUGUUUUAUCUGUGUUGUGUGCAUAUUAUCGCAAUUUGUCAAAACAAAUAAUUAAAAUUUUAAACAAUGAUUUACUCAGAUAUCAGACACAAAACCUGUUUGAAAUUUUCAAGGUUAAUCAUCGUGACUUUCAUUACUAGACCUGUUAUCUUAUGAAUUAUAUCUGAAAGUUUUGGAAAUAUUUUGAUAUACAAGGUAAUUGGCUAAAAAGUUUAGAGUAAACAUUAGAAUGAAUUUGUGAGCUACAUGUUAUUUCUUUAUUUUAAAUUUGUUGAUUAUGGUCAGUGAAUUCUUAAAUUUUCUCUCCGUUGUAUAUUUAUCAAUCAUGUCUUUGAAUCCAUUUGAAUAUUUAUUUGAGAUAUACAUGUAUGCAUAAAGUUGUUCAGAGAAUAGGUUUUUCAUGAUUAGUGUUUUGAUGAUUAUUGCUGUAAUUUUUAUUUCAUAUGUAAAAAUAUGGAAAGACCCAGCAAGAUAGUGCUACCUUUCAGAAAUAACUGUUUAAUUUGUGUUAUUCAUACUCCAAUAGCUCCUUACCUUGGCUGUUCAUGAAACAGUUGUCCCCCAUACUGUGGAUGUUGCAGUUGUCUGCCCUUACCUUUGUUGUUGCAGUUGCCUGCCCUAACCUUGGUUAUUGCAGUUAUCUGCCCUUACCUUAGUUGGAGUUAUCUGCCCUUACCUUGGUUAUUGCAGUUAUCUGCCCUUACCUUAGUUGUUGGAGUUGUCUGCCCUUACCUUGGUUAUUGCAGUUAUCUGCCCUUACCUUAGAUGGAGUUGUCUGCCCUUACCUUGGUUGUUGGAGUUGUCUGCCCUUACCUUGGUUGUUGCACAUGUCUGCCCUUACCUUGGUUAUUGCAGUUGUCUGCCCUUACCUUGGUUAUUGCAGUUAUCUGCUCUUAUAUUGGAUGAUGCAGUUGCUGCUAUUUGUUUCCACCAAUCAUCACACAUAUUUAACAAAUGAAUAAACAAAUAUUUUAGGUAAUUUAUUUACAAAAUGUAGACUUUCAACUUACAACUAGAAGAUAUUGGUCAAUACAGGAUAUAAAUGUAAGAGAGAUGUUCAUUUGAUGUACAAGGGAUUUUGUAAAAUGUAAUGAAGGUUUUAUGUUGAUAAGUAAAGAUUUGUUGAUACUUGUAUGCACCAGUUGAAUAGCUGAAUGCCUGAGAGCUGGAAGGAGAUGUGAUAUAUUUACUCUUAGAUGCACUCCUACAUUAUACAGCACUGCUACACUUAGAAUGGUGACUAGGUUGCACUAGAUUUGGGAAAUGCAUGCUUCCCCCGUAUCAUAACGAGACCUGUUAUUUUAAUCCAACAAUCUGUGAUACCAUAGGAUGUACAGUAAUAUAUAUUUGGGUAAAUUGAAGUUUUAAUAAUCUUGAUUAUAUUGUAGGAGAAUUUUAAGGUCUCAGCUAUUUUUAUUUACACCAGUAAUAUAAGCAUGUAGAACUUGGGUUGGUGAUAAGUAUAUGCUUUGUUUAGAAAUAAAGAUACAUUAUCCAUGAGAAAUAUGUUCUAUCAGUACUAUUUUUUACAACAAUUGAAAUAUCCUAAAAGACAAGCUUGCUUGUUAAGGAUAUGUAGAUUUCAUAACAUACAGGUCUUGAUGUUCUUUGAUAAAAUCUUGGUUUAAUUAAUUAGACUAAUUAUGAUUCCUCAUUAGAGAGUUGUUUAUAUUUCUGUGUGCAAUUGAAGUUAAGUGCAUUAUUUGUAUAUAAUUUAGAUUUAUAUAUUAUGAUGCCUGAUGUAGACUUUAGAUAAGAUCUUAUUUUUACUCUUAGACUAUGGUCAUAUUAAUACAAGGCCAAAUAAGUCUGGGUUAUUAAAACUCUUGUUUUAGAUUGAUAUAUCAAAGCCUCAUAUAGACUUUGUAUAAGAUUUUAGUAUUGCUCUAUGGUCAUAUUUAAAAUGUGAGGCCAAAUAACUCUGGGUUAUUAAAACUCUUGUUUUAGAUUGAUAUAUCAAAGCCUGAUAUAGACUUUGUAUCCGACAUUACCUUCUCUGAUUUGAGGCGAACCUAGCUUAUUUGAUUUCUGAUCUAUAUAGCAAUGCCUGAUGGAAUUUUUUUAUCCAACCUUAGCUUCACCAUCUGGCUACACCAUUUCAAGGCAACUUAACUCCAGGUUAUAAAAACUCUUGUUUUAUAUCUUAAUCAAUGCCUGAUAGAAAUUUGUAUCUUACCAUAACUUUACCUUCUGGUCAUAUUAACACGAGGCCAACUACCUCUGGGUUAUAAAAACUCUUUCUUUAGAUUAAAAUAUCAAAGCCUGAUGAAGACUUUGUAUCCGAUUUUGAAACCUUCUGGCCACAUGAAAAAAAUUCAACUCUUGGUUAUAAAACUACAAGGACCAUCAUCGACCCAUCAUAGCAUUAGCAGGUACCCAAAAGGACUUUUUUAUACAUGGAUAAGCAUUAAAUACAAGGAAUAUCCUUGAUUUUCGUAAUCCAUGAAACCGCGAUGAGUGGCAUGUUUGAUACAAAGCUUUUCGGCAUCAGUUCUGUGUGGACAUGCCCUUAAGACCCGUUACUUCUUCAGUGACUGUAAUUUGUCGUGUUAUGUUUGCCUGGUUGCAGUUUUAUUGUUUUCGAUCUGACUUUGUAGUUGACAAGCAAAAACCGUACAUACAGAAAGUGUGAUCUGGAUGUCAGUUGACCAUAGUUUGACCACAGGGAUACAUUACAUAUUGAAAAUGUGUGUGAAAUGGGCGAAAAUGUGUUGAAAAUCUUCAACCCAUUUCAUACAUUCUCUCAUUGUAAUAUUUUCUGUGGAAGAACUGAAGUGUUGCAGGUUUAAAUAGUUAUUUGUGUGCCCGACUGAAGCUGAGAUUUUGUGUGAACAUUUGAGAUCAACAGAUGCUUAAAUCUUGUUCUUCAAUGACUAAAUGUCCUUGAAAAUGUAAAUGUCAUAAAAUUAGAAAUGUGUCUGUUCCAUUGAUAAAUAAUGUUAGCAAAACCUAAAUAGACAAAUUAAAUGUACAUUAUAAGCAUUAUUUUACAAAGGUGUAUUAUUUUGAUUGGAAUCAAGCUUAGCUGACAUAAAUGAAAGAAAAAAUGUAACAAUGAAAUGGAAUUAUUUUAUUUAUCAAUUAUAUUGGAUGACAACAAGUUCUACUAGAUACAAAUAACCAACGAAAAAACCAAUCAGCAUUUUGAACAUUUGUGACUAUGGAGUUAAUGUACACAUCACUGUACAUUCCUUUCAGGUCAUUCCUGUUUACUAUCUUUGUGAUAUCUGUAUAAAUAUGUUAUUUACUUCCCUGACAAAUUCCUGAAUAUUUUCUUUACUUGCCUCGACUUUUAGAUAACAUUAAAAAGUUUUGAUUGUUAAAUUUUUGUUUUGAUGAUUUACAGAAUAAACAAAAACUGUAUCAACUGUA